GAAGCAAUCCCUUUCAUGAUCCACUGUCUCAUGGCUACUAAAACUGCCAUCGCACAUAGAUGGAAAUCACCAUUGACGCCAACAAUGCCAGAAAUCCUCAGCAGGCUGGACUCACUCCAUGCUUAUGAACGUAUGGCUAGCCGGCUGACAAAUAACCAAA